CUGCCUCCUUCCGUUUACCGUUGCCUUGGUAACUAUCCUGUUAACUAACAUCUCAGGAGUUUACUUCGGCUAACUUGAACAAUUUUUAGGCAGCUAUAAACCAAUUAACCAGAGCGUGAAGACACUGAUUAACAAAACAGUGGCUUUUUGCCAGGCAUGGCUACCCCACCGGAUGUUUUCAAAGCCCCACCGGUGCGGAGCCUCCCAAAGUUUCCCGUCCUGCCCCCAAUUGAAGGGACGCAGCGGCUGAGUGAUGUUGAACAUGCCACCGCACUAAAGGAGGAGAUAGUAAAGAAGAUAGCGGCUCAGAAGAAGCUGCUGAGGCACAGGAGGAGCAAAGUGCAACAAAAGCAACUUCAUUUAAUGGUCUCUAGAGUAAUGGGGGAUUCCAGACACAGCAAGGACACGAGAGUUGUGCGCAGCCUGUCACCAGAGCCACAGUUUCCACCUUCUAUGCUUAGUAAGGAGCGGAAAAGAAGGAUGAACUACAUGUUCAUGAGGCAGUGCGUAGAGACCCGGCCUUUAGCUCCAAUCCAGCAGCAUUGGUUGGACUCCAUUGUUGUCCGAGUUCCCUCUAGACUUAAAAAGAGCACAGAGGCAAAUAAACUACUACAGGAGCUCUGCAUGGAAGUCAGUGACGAGUUCCACAGUAUGAUGGUCAAACACACAGUAGGCACAGUAUUAAGUAAUCCACAAACAGAAGGACAGAGUUCAGAAAAACAAUCAGAAAUUCUUGAUUUCUCCACACCAUGGCAUGGUAGCUUCAUCCGAAACCGCAGGAUCAUAAAGGCACAUUUACAUAUUCUUCAUCCUGUAAUGCAAACUAUGUUGGAUAUUGGCUACACAACAUUUUCUCCGUUGGUCCUAGUUGAUUUUUCAGGAUUCAGAGCAUCAGGGCCUGUGGACUGUAAGAGCCUUCAGAAUAAAAUGGCUGUUGAGUGUAAGAGGACAGAAGAUCGCAUCAUGAAUACCUGGUUUCCCAAAGUCAUCCACUUAUUAACAAACAAGGAAAUACUGAACAGAGUUAAAGAGCAGAAAAUGGAUUCCUUCUACAACUGUGCAUCCACUCUAAUAUCCAAUCAGUUGAAAUCCCUGCUUCAGACAAAUGUGGAAGAGUUUGCUAGUGUGUUUAAUCCAAGCAGUCACCACUGCUUGCCAGUCUUUCGUAUGGCUUUGACAUUUGAUGAUGAAAAGAUGGAGAUUUACCCCACCUUACAAGAUCUGGAAUCAGCAGUUUUUGAGAUUCUUAAUGCCAUCACACAUACACUGCAGAAAGUACAGACUGUCCAGUCUUGGUUGGCACAAACCACAUCUUCAUUUGUGGAUGCUAAGGUGGAUGAUCACAUCCUCGCUCAAGCUCGGGUUACUGUGAAAGACGCUGUGCGCAAAAAUCUAGAAGAACCUGACAAACAUUUCCAGAGCUAUGUUGAGAGCUAUGACUGGCUUGCCAAUGGAACAGCACUGGCUCGGGUAAAGAAGUUUAUGGAAGAGGAACACUCUUUUGACGAGUAUACUGAGCAAGUGAAGGAGUUUCGUGCUCUGUCAAAGGAGAUUAUCAGUCUCCCAUCAAAAGCCUGCUUCACAAUGGUUCAUCUGGACUGUGAAGAGCUGAAACAAGGGCUGGCCAACAAAGCCAAAACCUAUGCUGAAAUGCUUCUGAAUAAACUGAUCAUCAGCCACCGUGAGCAAAAUCUACAAAUUUGCAAUGAGUUUGAAACCAUUAGAGAGAAAGCUCUGAAGGUCCCAGAGAGUACAGAUGAAAUGGCUGAGAUGGAUGGAUAUAUAAAUUUCAUGAAGACAAAGGGUUCUGCAGAACUUACUGAAAAAAUAAAGGAAGCCCACUGCAGACUUGACUAUCUUCUGGAUGCCCACGUCAUUGAUCCUGAAGAUCUGCGGCUUAAUUCAACAGUUCUUCUCUGGCCAAAAAACAUCCUUGAUGUAUUUGAACUCAGUGACGAGAUGAUACAGAAGGCCAAGAAGAAAGGAGUACAAGAGCUAAAUGCUAAGAGAGAACAAUUAAUUGAGCAACUGGAAAAAUUGGGACGCAGGACAGAGGAGUUCCCAUAUUGCUCUGAGCUGGAUAUGAUGCAGCAGUAUGUUGCAGAUGUCAGAUCAGUGCAGAAAUUUCUCCAGGAGGCGGAAGACAAUAUUGUCCUCAUUAACAAAGAGGAGGCCUUCUACAAAAUGGACCCAACAAGUUACCCACAAGUUCUCGUCAUCAAGGAGAGUAUUGAGCCAUACCAGAAGCUGUUUGGAUUUGUCCUUAAGUGGCAGCGCACAGAAAAUGGAUGGAUGAAUGGUUCAUUUCAAGACUUGGAUGGCGAGAGCAUGGAGGUAAAAGUGGAUGAAUUCUUUCGCGAGAGUUUCAAGAUGCUUAAGUUUUUCCAACAGAAACAGAAUAAGGCCGCACAAGAGAUGGAGAAGAUUUCGGGGAGGACUAAGAGAAAAUCUACUGAGGAUGACCCAGAGAAGCAGGAGAGCCCCACAAUCACUCUGUGUUCCAACAUAAUGGAGCAGAUCAAAGAGUUCAAGGAGCAUAUCCCUCUAGUGUCCAUCUUGUGUAACCCAGGUAUCAGAACCCGCCACUGGGACCAGAUGUCAGCGAUAGUCGGGUAUAACCUCAAUCCUGAGUCUGGCACAACCCUACAGAAAGUUCUCAAACAAAACUUGGCUCCUUACCUGAACCAAUUUGAAUCCAUCAGUGCUGCUGCUAGUAAAGAGUUUUCCCUGGAAAAGGCUAUGCAAGCCAUGGUGCAUGUUUGGGAUGAAACUUCCUUCCACCAUCAACCUUACAGGGAGACUGGGGUGUCCAUCUUGACUGCCUUGGAUGAUAUCCAGACAGUGUUAAAUGACCAAAUUGUGAAGACUCAGACUAUGAGAGGCUCGCCCUUCAUUAAACCCUUUGAAAAUGAAAUCAAGUUGUGGGAGGAGCGUCUGCUUCGUAUCCAGGAUACCAUAGAUGAGUGGCUGAAGGUGCAGUCCCAGUGGCUUUACCUGGAGCCCAUCUUCUCGUCUCAGGACAUCAUGCAGCAGAUUCCACAAGAGGGACGACUUUUCCAAACUGUUGACAGAAACUGGAGAGAGGUCAUGAGACACUGUGUUAAGGACCCUAAGAUUCUGCCAGCAACCUCGCUUCCUGGUUUGCUAGAGAAACUGCAAGAUUCCAAUGCCCUCCUUGAUAACAUUAUGAAGGGUUUAAACGCUUAUCUGGAGAAGAAACGUCUCUUUUUUCCUCGGUUCUUCUUCUUGUCUAAUGAUGAAAUGUUGGAGAUUCUUUCUGAGACCAAGGACCCACUGCGAGUGCAGCCACAUCUGAAGAAGUGCUUUGAGGGUAUUGCUAAGUUGGACUUCCUACCUAAUCUGGAUAUCCAGGCCAUGUAUAGCAGUGAAGGGGAGCGUGUUCCAUUAAUCCAGCACAUCUCCACGUCUGAAGCCAAAGGAGCUGUGGAGAAGUGGCUGAUUCAGGUGGAGGAUGUGAUGCUUCGAAGUGUCAGAGAUGUAGUAGCCCGGUCCAGAGUGGCCUAUGCUCAGACUGCAAGGAACCAGUGGGUCAAGGAGUGGCCUGGUCAGGUGGUGCUCUGCACUUCACAGAUUUUCUGGACUUUGGAAGUUCAUGAGGCCAUCAGUGCAGGGGCUGAUGGUUUAAAGAACUACUAUAAGCAACUCCAGAGUCAGCUGAAUGACAUUGUAGAGCUGGUGAGGGGAAAGCUUCCCAAGCAAACACGGAUUACUUUGGGAGCACUGGUCACAAUCGAUGUCCAUGCCAGGGAUGUAGUCAUGGAACUUAUUGGGAAAGGUGUGUCACAUGAAACUGACUUCCAGUGGCUCGCCCAGCUGCGUUACUACUGGAGCAAUGACAAUGUUCGUGUUCGCAUCAUCAAUUGUGAUGUUAAAUACGCCUAUGAGUACCUGGGGAACUCUCCACGUCUGGUCAUCACCCCUCUGACUGACCGAUGCUACCGAACGCUGAUCGGAGCUUUCUACUUGAAUUUGGGUGGUGCACCUGAGGGUCCAGCUGGAACAGGGAAAACAGAAACCACCAAGGAUCUAGCAAAAGCUCUUGCUGUACAGUGUGUGGUCUUUAACUGUUCAGAUGGACUGGAUUAUCUCGCUAUGGGAAAAUUUUUUAAAGGUCUGGCUUCAUCUGGUGCCUGGGCAUGCUUUGAUGAAUUCAACCGCAUUGAGCUGGAGGUGCUGUCUGUCGUGGCUCAGCAAGUUCUCUGCAUCCAAAGAGCCAUUGAGCUGAAGCUGGAGUACUUUGACUUUGAAGGAACCAUGCUUAAACUCAAUCCCAACUGCUUUGUGUCCAUAACAAUGAACCCUGGCUAUGCAGGACGCUCAGAACUCCCAGACAAUCUCAAGGUGUUGUUCCGAACAGUAGCAAUGAUGGUCCCCAACUAUGCACUGAUUGCAGAGAUCUCUUUGUAUUCAUACGGCUUCCUCAAUGCCAAACCACUCUCAGUGAAGAUAGUGAUGACCUACAGGCUUUGUUCAGAACAGCUGUCCUCUCAGUUCCAUUAUGAUUAUGGCAUGAGGGCUGUCAAAGCAGUGCUUGUAGCUGCAGGAAACCUCAAGCUCAAGUAUCCGGAUGAGAAUGAGGACAUUUUGCUCCUGAGAUCCAUAAAGGAUGUUAAUGAGCCCAAGUUUCUCUCGCAUGAUAUUCCACUGUUCAAUGGAAUCACCAGCGAUUUGUUCCCAGGCAUCUCCCUUCCGAAGGCUGACUAUAAGCUGUUUCUAGAGGCUGCUGAAGAGUGCUGUAAAAAUCACAAUGUACAGCCAACAGAAGUCUUCUUACAAAAGAUGAUCCAGACAUAUGAGAUGAUGAUAGUUAGGCAUGGGUUCAUGCUGGUGGGAGAGCCCUUUGCCGGCAAAACUAAAGUGCUACAUGUUUUAGCUGAUACUCUGACUCUCAUGAAUGAGAGAGGGGAUGGUCUGGAGGAGAAGGUCAUCUUUAGGACACUGAACCCAAAGUCCAUUACCAUGGGGCAGCUCUUUGGGCAGUUUGACCUGGUUUCCCAUGAGUGGACAGAUGGGAUUGUUGCCAACACAUUUCGUGAGUUUGCGUCAGCUGACACACCACACCGCAAAUGGGUGGUGUUUGAUGGUCCUAUAGAUACACUAUGGAUUGAAAGCAUGAACACUGUUCUGGAUGACAACAAAAAGUUGUGCCUGAUGAGUGGUGAGAUCAUUCAGAUGUCCAGUCAGAUGAGUCUCAUUUUUGAAGCAAUGGAUCUGUCACAGGCUUCUCCUGCUACAGUCAGUCGAUGCGGUAUGAUCUACAUGGAGCCAUCUCAGCUAGGCUGGAAUCCCUUGGUGAUCUCCUGGAUGAACACUCUUCCUGAUGCUCUGCAGACUGCCGACCGUCGCUCCCUGCUGCUGGAGCUCUUUCACUGGCUCGUGCCACCUGCCCUUGUGAUGCUGCGUAAACACUGCAGAGAACUUGUUUCCACUAGUGACAGUAACACUGUGCUGUCCUUGUGUCGACUGUUUGAGAUGCUGCUCACUGAACCUUUGAAAACAGAACCUGGGGAUAAAAAUAUUCGCACCUGGAUCAUGGCAGCCUUUGCAUUCUCCCUGGUGUGGUCUGUGGGUGGCAGCUGUGAUGCAGACAGCAGAGAGAAGUUCAGUGAGUUCUUCAGGGUGACGGUUUCAGGAAAAACAAAAGAACAUCAGAUCCCUGAAACAGUGGGAAAAUGGGAGUGUCCAAUAGAGGAGAAAGGCCUGGUCUAUGACUAUUUUUAUGAGUUUAAAGGAAAAGGCAAAUGGGCUCACUGGAAUGAUGCCAUUAAAAAUGUCAACCUGGGAGACAAAAACACCAAAGUGCAAGAGAUCAUUGUACCUACCAUUGACACGGUUCGCUACACCUACUUGAUGGACCUCUGCAUCAGCUAUGGAAUCCCUUCCCUGUUCGUUGGUCCUACUGGCACUGGGAAGUCACUAUAUGUAAAGGAGAAACUGAUGAACAAUCUUGAUAAAGAUUGCUACCUGCCCUUCUUUAUCAACUUUUCAGCACGCACUAGUGCAAACCAAACCCAGAAUAUCAUCAUGUCCAGGUUAGAUAAGAGAAGGAAGGGGAUAUUUGGGCCUCCCAUAGGAAAAAAGUGUGUCAUCUUUGUAGAUGACAUGAACAUGCCAGCGCUGGAACAGUUUGGAGCACAGCCUCCUGUGGAGCUUCUUCGGCAGUACAUAGACCAUGGAAACUGGUAUGACCUGAAGGAUACCUCCAGGAUCACCCUUGUCGACCUCCAGCUCAUCUCAGCUAUGGGUCCCCCUGGUGGCGGAAGGAAUGCUGUAACAUCUCGCUUCUUGCGGCAUUUUAACAUUUUUAGCAUUAAUGCCUUCAGUGAUGACACCAUGGUUUGCAUUUUCUCCAACAUCGUGGCCUUCUAUCUUAAGAACAAUGAAUUUCCACCUGAAUAUUUCACUGUUGGCAACCAAAUAGUGACAGCCACAAUGGAAGUGUAUAAGAGAGCAAUGGAGAAUCUGCUUCCAACUCCAGCAAAGUCUCAUUACACCUUCAACCUACGGGACUUCUCACGUGUUAUUCAAGGUUGUCUGCUGCUGAAGAAGGAAUCUCUGGACAACAAACGCACUGCGAUACGGCUGUUUGUCCAUGAGGUCUUCCGCGUCUAUUAUGACCGCCUGGUGGAUGAUAAAGAUCGAGCAUGGCUCUACAAGCUGAUGAAUGGCAUUGUCAAAGAUCACUUUAAAGAGUCCUUUGACCAGGUCUUUGACCACCUGAAACAAGGCAGUAAACUUGUUGAGGAAGACAUGCGAAAUCUUCUGUUUGGUGAUUACAUGAACCCUGAGCUGGAAGAUGACAUGCGCUUGUACACAGAGGUGCCCUCAAUGGAUACCUUUGCUCAGGUGGUGGAGUCAUGUCUUGAAGAAUACAACCAGAUGCACAAAAAUCGAAUGCACCUCGUCAUCUUCCGCUAUGUCUUGGAGCACCUGUCUCGUAUCAGCCGUGUAUUAAAGCAGCCAGGAGGCAACGCCCUGCUAGUGGGAGUGGGAGGCAGUGGACGCCAGUCCAUCACCCGCCUGGCCACAUCUAUGGCGCACAUGACCAUGUUCCAGCCUGAGAUCUCUAAGAGCUAUGGCAUGACUGAAUGGAGAGAUGACCUCAAGAUGCUGCUGAAAAAUGCUGGGGUGAAAGGACAGAAAACAGUGUUUUUGUUAACUGAUGCUCAGAUCAAAGAUGAGGCCUUUCUAGAAGAUGUGGACAGUGUCUUGAAUACCGGAGAGGUGCCCAAUUUGUUUGCCAUAGACGAAAAACAGGAGAUCAUGGAAUCAUUACGUCCCAUAGCCCAGGCUGGUAAUAAGAGUUUGGAGUUGAGCCCCUUGACCCUGUUUGCCUUCUUCGUGGCACGCUGUAGAGAGAACCUGCACAUUGUUGUGGCCUUCAGUCCUAUUGGAGAUGCCUUUCGAAAUCGCCUCCGCCAAUUUCCAUCUCUUAUUAACUGCUGUACCAUUGACUGGUACCAGCCAUGGCCAGAGGAAGCUCUUGAGCGAGUAGCCAACUCCUUCCUGGGGUCACUGGAGAUGAGUGAAAAUGAGAGGCGGGAGGUCAUACCCAUCUGCAAAACGUUUCAUACAUCUGUCAAACAGCUCUCACAGAGAUUCCUCUCUGAGCUAGGUCGACAUAAUUACGUGACUCCCACAUCCUACCUGGAGCUGAUUGCGGCGUUCCGUCUACUACUCACUCAGAAAAGAGAAACUGUCAUGCAGGCAAAACAGAGGUAUACCAACGGUCUGGAUAAGCUAGCCUUCGCUGAAUCUCAGGUGGGUGAGAUGAAAAAGGAACUAGUAGACCUACAACCCAAACUGGAACAGGCAAAGGUUGACAACACCAAAAUGAUGAAGGAAAUUGAAGUGGAGUCUGUGGAGGUGGAAGCCAAGAGUAAAAUUGUGCGUGUUGAUGAGGAGGUGGCAACUGUAAAAGCAAAAGAGGCUCAGGCACUGAAGAAAGAGUGUGAGAGUGACUUGGCUGAAGCUAUUCCUGCUCUGGAGGCUGCUCUCUCUGCUUUGAAGACUUUAAAGCCAGCUGAUAUUACAAUUGUGAAAGCGAUGAAAAAUCCCCCAUCAGGGGUGAAGCUGGUGAUGGCAGCUGUAUGCGUGAUGAAGGAGAUAAAGCCAGAUAAGGUGGCUGACCCAGCAGGGACUGGCAAAAAGGUUUUUGACUUCUGGGGUCCAAGCAAGAAGCUACUGAGUGAUAUUAACUUUUUACGAGAUCUUAAAGAAUAUGACAAAGACAAUAUUCCUGUCCCCGUGAUGCAAAAAAUUCGUAGUGAGUACAUGACUAAUCCUGACUUUGACCCGAGCGUUGUGGCAAAAGCCUCCUCUGCAGCAGAGGGCCUGUGCAAAUGGAUCAAAGCAAUGGAGAUGUAUGACAGGGUGGCAAAGGUCGUAGCCCCUAAGAAGGCCAACCUUGCAGAGGCACAGGAGUCCCUAGCUGCUACCAUGGUCCUGUUGGACCAGAAAAGGUCUGAAUUAAAAGAGGUUGAGGACCGCUUGGAUGCCCUCCAGAAAACUUUCGAGGAGAAAACAGAGGAGAAGGCCCAGUUAGAGUUCCAGGUCGAUUUGUGUGCCAGGAAGCUGGAGAGGGCAGAAAAACUCAUUGGCGGUCUUGGUGGGGAGAAGGCCAGAUGGUCUAAAGCAGCAGAUGACCUGCAAAACACAUAUGACAACUUGACUGGAGAUGUUCUUAUCUCUGCUGGUGUCGUUGCAUACUUGGGAGCUUUCACUGCUGGCUUCAGACAGGACUGCACCAAGCUUUGGACCAAACUCUGCCAAUCUAAGAACAUUCCAUCGUCAGAUGACUUCUCUCUCAGUAAAACCCUUGGAGAUCCUAUUAAGAUCAGAGCUUGGAACAUUGCAGGCCUUCCCAGUGACUCUUUCUCUAUCGACAAUGGUGUCAUUGUCAGCAAUUCACGUAGAUGGCCUUUGAUGAUUGAUCCCCAGGGUCAAGCCAACAAGUGGGUAAAGAAUUCCGAGAAAGAUAACAACCUGAGUGUAAUCAAGUUAACAGAUGGGGACUACAUGAGAACUCUGGAAAACUGUAUUCAGUUUGGAACACCUUUGCUGCUGGAAAAUGUAGGAGAGGAACUGGACCCUUCUCUGGAACCAUUGCUGCUCAGACAAACCUUCAAACAAGGUGGUGUGGAUUGCAUCAGGCUUGGGGAGAGUGUGAUUGAGUACUCCAGUGAUUUCUGUUUCUACAUCACCACAAAACUCAGGAACCCCCACUACCUGCCAGAACUGGCUACCAAAGUGUCUCUGCUCAAUUUCAUGAUUACUCCAGAGGGCUUGGAGGACCAGCUGCUGGGGAUUGUGGUGGCUAAGGAGAGGCCAGAACUGGAAGAGGAGAGAAAUGCGUUAAUCCUGCAGUCAGCUGCCAAUAAGAGGCAACUAAAGGAGACUGAAGACAAUAUCCUGGAGACGCUGCAGUCCUCUGAAGGGAAUAUUCUGGAGGAUGAAAGAGCCAUUAAGAUUUUAGACUCAGCAAAGAUCAUGUCCAAUGAGAUUACAAAGAAACAGCAGAUUGCAGAGAAGACAGAGAUCAAGAUAGCAGAGUCCAGAGAGGGUUACAGAGCUAUUGCCAAACACUCAUCCAUCCUGUUCUUCAGUAUUGCUGAUCUGACCAACAUAGACCCCAUGUACCAGUAUUCGCUCAGCUGGUUUGUCAACCUCUACAUUAAUUCUAUACAAAACAGUAACAAGUCCAAGAUUCUGGAGAGGAGGCUUCAGUUCCUAAUUGAUCAUUUCACCUAUAACUUGUACUGCAACGUCUGUCGUUCUCUGUUUGAGAAGGACAAACUUCUCUUCUCAUUCCUUCUUUGCUGCAAUCUACUACUAGCAAAAGAGGAGAUAGAAUACUCUGAUUUCAUGUUCUUGCUGACUGGGGGAGUGGGCCUGCAGAACACUAUUGCUAACCCUGACCCCAGCUGGCUACAGGACAAGAGCUGGGAUGAAAUCUGCAGAGCCAAUGAACUGCCUGGCUUGCAAGGAAUAAAAGAGGCUUUCAUCAAGAGCCUAGGAGACUUCAAGGCCAUUUAUGACAGUAAAGAGCCAUGCAAUGUUGCUCUGCCUGCACCAUGGUGUGAAAAACUCAAUGACCUGCAGAAGAUGAUCCUUGUUCGCUGUCUGCGACCUGACAAAAUAGUCCCAGCUGUGACUAAAUAUGUGACUGGAAAUCUGGGGAAGAGAUUUGUCCAGCCUCCUCCCUUUGACCUCAGCAAGAGCUAUCUGGACUCCAACUGCACCACCCCACUUGUGUUUGUGCUGUCUCCAGGAGCCGAUCCAAUGGCUAGCUUGCUGAAGUUUGCCAGUGACAAGAACAUGGGUGGUGCCAAGUUCCAGUCAAUCUCUCUGGGUCAGGGCCAGGGGCCCAUCGCGGCUAAGAUGAUAUCCACAGCCAUGCAGGAUGGAACAUGGGUGUGUUUGCAGAACUGUCACCUUGCCGUUUCCUGGAUGUCCACUCUGGAGAAAAUUUGUGAGGACUUCAGUCUUGCAACAUGCCACCAGGACUUCCGCCUCUGGCUCACAAGCUACCCUUCAUCCAAGUUUCCAGUGACCAUCCUGCAGAAUGGAGUGAAAAUGACAAAUGAGCCUCCUACUGGACUCCGGCUCAACCUGCUACAAUCUUAUUUGUCAGAUCCUGUUUCUGAUCCAGACUUCUUCAAUAGCUGUCCCAAUAAGGAGAUGAUUUGGGAGAAGCUCCUCUAUGGAUUGUGCUUCUUCCAUGCUCUUGUUCAGGAGAGGAAAAAGUUUGGCCCACUAGGCUGGAAUAUUCCCUAUGGUUUCAAUGAGUCUGACCUCCGUAUAAGCAUCAGACAGCUACAGCUAUUUGUGAAUGAAUAUGAUGAGGUGCCGCUGGAGGCCAUAACGUAUCUGACUGGGGAGUGUAACUAUGGUGGACGCGUGACAGAUGACUGGGAUAGGCGACUCUUGAUGACAAUCUUGGCUGACUUCUACAACAAGGACAUCAUUGUAACAUUUCGUUACCCUUUUUCACCUAGUGGAGAAUACUUUGCCCCGCCUAAAUCAGCCUAUGAUGACUACGUUCUCUUUAUCAAGGAACUUCCAUUCAGUCAGCAUCCAGAGGUAUUUGGGAUGCAUGAAAAUGUUGACAUUUCUAAAGACUUGCAGCAGACCAAAGUGCUGUUUGAUUCGCUGCUGCUCACCCAGGGUGGAGGGGCAAAAGGAGGGGCUACCUCUGGGAGCGACAACACCCUGCACGAAAUCGCGAAUGACAUUCUUACCAAGCUACCAGUCAAUUUUGACACAGAAGCAGCUCUGUUGAAGUUUCCAGUGCUCUACGAAGAAAGUAUGAACACGGUCCUCGUCCAAGAGAUGGAACGAUACAAUGUGUUGUGUCGUACGAUUCGUGUGAGUCUCCAGAACCUGUUGAAGGCUAUUAAGGGCUUGGUGGUGAUGGAUGCAGAGCUUGAGGCGGUUGCAGGCAGUUUGAUGGUGGGGAAGGUUCCAGAAAAAUGGGCCAAGCGCUCUUACCCAAGCCUGAAGCCCCUGGGCAGUUACAUUACCGACUUUCUUUCAAGGCUCAAGUUUUUGCAAGUUUGGUAUGACACCAGUAAGCCCAGUGUGUUCUGGCUGUCUGGCUUCUUCUUCACUCAAGCCUUCCUUACUGGGGCUAUGCAGAACUACGCCAGGAAAUACCAGAUCCCCAUUGACCUGCUAGGCUUUGAUUUUGAGGUUCUUUCAAUUGAUGAGUCAAACACAGCGCCUGAGGAUGGUGUUUACAUUAACGGAUUGUUUCUGGAUGGAGCUCGAUGGGACAAAAUAAGUGGUGCUCUGGCUGAGCAGCUCCCCAAAGUCCUGUUUGACUUGAUGCCCAUCAUCUGGAUAAAACCCACUGAAAAGAAAAGCAGUGAUCAGCCUCAGAAACUGUACGUGUGUCCUCUCUACAAGACCAGUGAGAGGAAGGGCACGUUGUCUACCACCGGUCACUCCACCAAUUUUGUCAUUUCCAUCACGUUGCCCAUCAACAAGCGUCCGCAACACUGGAUUAAGCGUGGUGUGGCCCUGCUUUGCCAGCUUGAUGACUGAGAUCAGAUACCAAAGACUGAAGACUUAAACACUUCACUGUGGCACAUUUUGGCAGAGUGAUGUGUUCUUUUACAAUGCAAAAUGAAACAUGAUGUCUUGACCGAUUGUGGAGUAUGUGUUUUUAAACUAUUGAUCGUAGGUUGAUUUGGAUAGCGUGAAAGGUUCAUAGCAUGGUACCAUUUUCAGUUUGUCUUCCACCUACUUCAAAAUACACAGUUACAAUGAUUUCUCCAAAAGAUAACAAACUGAAAGGUACCAAAAUACACAAAGAAAUCCUAAAAUCUGCGCUAGAUGCACUCUGACUUUUCAAUAGAAAAGAAUGACACUAUGCAUCUCUCAUUCCUCAUUAACUUUAUAUUGAAUUGAUUCUAAGAGAAAAAAGUAUGUAUAUUUAAAAAAAACAAUUACAUAACAUUGGUUCUAAUUUAAUAAGAAUUUUUGAAGCACAUCGCAUGCAGCUUCUUAUGCUGACUUUCAUGUUUGUUCUCCAUGUCAGCUUGCUGUACAUGAUGAUUACACAAAGCAAUUAUUCCUUAAAUACUCAAAGGAUGAAAGGCUUUACAUUCAAUUAAUCAAUAAAGUAAGCACAGCAUGUAUAA